AUGGACAGAAUCCGAGAGCAAAUGGGCAACAUUGCCGAAGCCAAUUUGGACCCACUUCGAGACACUGGAAAACCCGAAGACCUUCAUAAGCAUUGUCAACAACGCAACGAAACGAAGGAUGCGAUUCCGGACCACGGAGAGCAGAGAGGAUGCAAGAAGGGACAGUGUUGUGAUAAUGAUCAACCAGUUGAUAAGAGAAGAAUGUCAGAUGUCAAUCCAACACAAGAGAUGUAA